AUGGAACCAAGAAUUGGAGAGAAGCUCCCUUGUAGGAUAAAGAGUAUGCUUAAUGGCCAAUCAGAAUUGCUUUCCAGCUUGAAACUAGGAGCUACGCCUUGGGUUUCGGAUUUCCAUUUUGGAAAAGAAUCAAUCAGAAAUUCAACCAUCUUGAGUGUCCAAUGGUGGGCAAUUUUAUUGACGCUCAGCAUUGUGGUGAAAGACCCAUCCGACUACCGCUUAGUGAGUGCAGGCCUUUAUCUUGCAGAAGCGAUUUUCGCGAUAUUGUGAAACCAUACUAGAGAGCAAUUGAGGAAGCCUUAG